AUGUUCUGCGGAGACCUCAGCCAUAAUAAGUCGCAAUGUGACGCGGAGCCAGAGACGGUCACGCGCGAGUCCACUGGGGGACUGGCCGAUGGAAGACAAAAAGUGGCUCGCGCAUGUGAACAGGCGCAGCUGCGACACGUCCUCUUCAUGGUGCUGCUGGGAGCCGUUUCCAUGGACAUUGCAUCGAGCUCCAGCAGCUGGAAGCGGUCCGUCGACAAGCGCGGUCCUGCGAUGCACUUCUGCGGUCCCUCGCUGGCUGACGCCCUGGAAAUGGUGUGCGAGUUCGGAAUGGGAAAACGGUCCAGAACCGCGCCUCGCCAGAGCCAACUGAGGCCGGAAUUUUCUGGCGGACAUCUCUCCAUCUCGUCUGCUUCCACCAUGCCCUACUACCAGACGCAGCUCUACCACUCUGCAGACUCCAGGACGAAGAGGAGUCCGGGCAUUGUGGAGGAAUGCUGCCUGAAUCCGUGCACGCUGAGCACACUAGCGCAGUACUGCUGAUGAAAGAGUUUGCUGUUGAUCAGACAUGACCAGCGCACGGAAAAGCUAGGUACUCGACAGCAAAAAUAAUGUUUUUG